AUGGGUAACGGCACUUCUCGUGUCGUGGGUUGUUUCGCUUUUAAUGGCAAGAAUGGUGUUGAUUUAGAGUUUUUAGAGCCAUUGGAUGAAGGAUUAGGCCAUUCAUUUUGCUAUGUUAGGCCGCCUAUUUUUGACUCUCCUGCCAUUACCCCCUCAAACUCUGAGAGGUUUACUGUUGAUUCUAGCACUCUGGAUUCUGAAACGUUGAGUGGGUCGUUUAGACAUGAUAUUAUAGAUGAGCCAUCGGGUUUGCAUAGACCAAACAAGACUUUCCCUGAAACCACAUUUAAAACAAUAUCGGGGGCAUCAGUUAGUGCCAAUGUUUCAACUGCUAGGAGUAACCAGAGUGCAUUGCUUGCCAGUGAAAUGCAAGAGCCAGCUGCUUCAUUCGAGAGCACCUCCUCUUUUGCUGCAAUUCCUUUGCAGCCAGUGCCUCGUGGCUCUGGACCUUUGAAUAGCUUUAUGUCUGGUCCUCUUGAGAGAGGAUUUGCUUCAGGUCCAUUAGAUAAGAGUGGUGGUUUUAUGUCUGGACCAAUUGAGAAGGGGGUAAUGUCAGGUCCUCUUGAUGUUACUGACAAAUCCAAUUUCUCUGCUCCACUUGCAUGUGGUCGUCGAAGACCCCGCUUCCAGCGUUUAGUGAGAAGUGUGAGUGGACCUAUGAAAAACACUAUAUCACGAACAUUCUCAAGACAUUCGAUGGGUUCAGGUUGGAUGCAGAGGUUUUUUCUGCACCCAGUGACCCAAUUGGCCUGGCAUGUUAGGGAGCCAAAGUUUCGGACAGAAGCCUCAAGGAACUAUCUUGAAGGAGGGCCAUCAGAAGGCGAGUAUGUCAACAUUCGCAACUUACAAUGGGCUCAUGGCAAGGCUGGGGAAGACAGGGUUCAAGUCGUGCUUUGUGAUGAGCAGGGAUGGUUGUUUAUUGGGAUAUAUGAUGGCUUUAGUGGUCCAGAUGCACCAGAUUUUCUGAUGAGCCAUCUUCAUAGAGCUAUAGACAGGGAGUUAGAAGGACUGCUGUGGGAUUAUGAAGAUAAAUCUUCCAUUGAUCCAAUAAAACCUGAACUCUCCAAGAGUGGAAUUGCUGAGGUUGGUUCAGAGUGCCGGAAGAAAGAGCAGCCCAAAUCGAGUCAAAUAACUUCUUGCAGUUUAAACAAAUUGUGUAAUCCUGGAGAUGUCAGGGGUGUAUGUUCUAAUUGUGAGAUAGUGGAGGAAAGUGAUGUUAGAGCCAGUCAACGGCAAUCAUCUAAUUGUGAAACUCCGAGCAGCUCAGGCUCUGCUUCUGCCUCUAUUCCAACUGCCAUCUUGACUGGCAAAGGAAGGAAAAGCAUGCGGCUUUAUGAGCUGCUGCAGAUGGAAUCAUGUGAAGGUUCAGGUUCUGCAUCAAUCUCAGUGAUUAACAACCAAAGAAGCAGAUCAUGGAAUUGUCAACCAAGCUCAGAUGCUUUGGAUUUUGAUCAAACUUUGCGAAAAGAACAGUCAAGAUCUUCCUCAUUGGAUAACUGCAAAGGAGAAGGUUUUAAUUAUCGAGGCGAAGAUCCCACUACAUCUGGAGAAGAUGGAGGGAUUGGGCUUGGUUCUGGUAAUCAGGGAGGUGGAACUGAUCUUUCUGUUUCUGUUCAAAGACAGGGUACAAGAAAGUCUAUUAUCAGCUCAAAGAUCCGAAAAAUGUAUCGGAAGCAGAAGUCCUUGCGUAAAAAACUCUUUCCUUGGAGUUAUGAUUGGCAUAGAGAGGAGAUUUGUGCUGAUCAGAGAGUAGUGGAACCCUCUGGGCCUAUUAGGAGAUGGAAAUCAGGGCUUGUUGAUCAUGAUGCAGUUUUGAGAGCAAUGGCUCGGGCACUUCAACACACCGAAGAGCAAUAUAUGGAAAUGGUGGAAAAGGACCUUGAUAAAAAUGCAGAGCUUGCUUUGAUGGGAUCAUGUGUUCUAGUGAUGUUAAUGAAGGGUCAAGAUGUGUAUGUCAUGAACCUUGGGGAUAGCCGUGCAAUAUUAGCACAAGAACGACCCAAUGACCGCCAUCCUAAUCCAAAUUUGGCGAAGGAUGACAUGAGGUAUAAGAACAGAUCCCGAGAGUCACUAGUACGCAUGGAGCUGGACAGAAUUUCAGAGGAGUCUCCAAUGCAUAAUCAUAACAGUCAGGUUAAUAUGAUCAACAAGAAUAGAGAGAUCUCCAUUUGCAGAUUGAAGAUGAGGGCAGUCCAGCUCUCAAUUGAUCACAGCACGAGUAUUGAAGAGGAAGUGUUUAGAAUAAAGGCAGAACAUCCUGAUGACAACCAAGCGAUUUUAAACGAUCGAGUGAAGGGACAACUGAAAGUAACCAGAGCUUUCGGUGCUGGAUUUUUGAAGAAGCCAGCUUGUAAUGAAGCUCUGCUAGAGAUUUUUCGGAUUGAUUAUGUGGGAACCAAUCCCUAUGUGAGCUGCAUCCCUUCCGUAAUUCACCACCGACUCUCCUCAAGCGAUCGAUUCUUAGUUCUUUCCUCUGAUGGGCUUUACCAGUACUUCAGCAAUGAAGAGGUGGUUGCUCAUGUCACAUGGUUCAUGGAAAAUGUCCCUGAAGGUGAUCCUGCACAGUAUCUCAUUGCAGAACUCCUCUUCCGUGCUGCCAAAAAGAAUGAUUUAAGUCUUCAGAAAUUUUCUGAUCGUCUGUUAUUGGUGGUUACAGGAAUGGAUUUUCAUGAAUUGCUUGAUAUUCCUCAUGGAGACAGACGUAAAUAUCAUGAUGAUGUCUCUGUUAUGGUGGUUUCUCUAGAGGGAGGAGAGAUUUGGAGAUCCUCUGGAUAA